AUGGACGCCUCUACUGCUGCGGCCACGGGCGCAGAGCCCGAACCGCCCACAAACGGGGCCUUGGCAGCUGCACCAGGUGCAGCAGCGGUGGCUGCUGAGGGUGCGCCAGCAGCAGCAGGCGCCGAGGCAGCUGGCGCAGCAGCAGCAGCAGCAGCAGCAGCAGCAGCAACAGCAGCAGCUAAUGGAGCGCCACCUUCCGGCCCAUGGAAGUGCAGCGUCUGCUUGGUCUCUAACGAGGCCUCCUGUGAUGUGUGUCCCUGCUGCGAGACAGGAAGAGAUGGAAAGGCACAGGCCCCCAAGGCUGCGGCUUUUCCGAGAAGCAGCAACGGCAGCAACUCAGUUUUCUUAGAAGCAGCAGGAAAUGGAACAUCUGCUGCUGCUUCUGGAGGGCCCAGAAAGAGUUCGGGAUUCAUGCCGGUGCUCGACGGUGCUGCUGCAGCCUCCCCGCUGGCAAGCCAGCAGCAGCAGCAGCAGCAGCAGCAGCAGCAGCAGGAGCAGCCCCACAAGCCGAAGGGCUUUGUUUUUGGAGGACCUGCUGGCGAGCAGCAGCAGCAGCAGCCGAAGGGGUUUGUGUUCACGGCGCCGUCUGCUGCUGCCGAGUCGGCGGAGCAGCAAGAGCAGCAGCAGCAGCAGCAGCAGCAGCAGCGGGAGCUGGUGCGCCAGCAGCAGCAGCAGGAAGCAGCAACUUGCUUGGCUUCCCCCGACUUCGCCAAAGGCCAGCCCACUGGCCUUGUCUACAUGUUUGGUUCUGGAGAACUUGAGCAGAUUCCUUUUUUCAAUCCCGAGGAAGAAGGCGGCGGCGAGGUCACGCUGCCGCGCCUCAUCCCGCUGCAGCAGCAGCAGCAGCAGCAGCAGCAGCAGCAGCAAAUGCAGGUCGUGAGGGCCUGCAGCGGGGCGCUGCACACUGUGCUGCUGCUCGCCAAUGGCCGCUGCUGCUCCUUCGGGUGUAACGACGAGGGAGCUCUGGGCAGGCACUGCAAAGACGUGCCUCCAAAUGAGCCAGGUACUUAUUUGCUGCUGCUGCUGCUGCUGCUGCUGCAGCAGCUGCAGCAGCAGCUGCAGCAGCAGCUGCUGCUGCAGCUGUUGCAGCUGCAGCUUCCGGUUGUCUUGCUUUUGCAGCUGCAGUCUGCAUUUGCCAGCUGGUAUUUGGCUGCUGCGUUCCACAGCUUGCUUUUUUGCAUGCUGUUGCUGCUGCUGCUGCUGCUGCUGCUGCUGCUGCUGCUGGGGCUCUGCAGGAGUUCUUGA